UGUCUUUCUUUCUCUCUCCAUCUCUCUCUCUCUCUCUCUUUGCUUUAUCUUUUCUCUCUGGUUUUUCUAUUCUUUUGUUUUCCGGGGGGUUCAGAGGUGAAACCCUAGAAAUUCUCCGGCGUCGGUGGCUGGCUGGGCUUUCUAGGGCUUCGAUCUGUGCUGCUGUAGAUUCGGAGCUCCGUUUUCUUGAUUUGCUUCUCCGUCUGGAGCGAACUUCCUCUGAUUCCAGUCUGGCUUGUAGAAAUGUCGUCUCUUAGCAGAGAAUUGGUUUUUCUCAUACUUCAAUUCCUUGAGGAGGAGAAAUUUAAGGAGUCUGUUCACAGGCUUGAGCAAGAAUCAGGGUUUUUCUUCAAUAUGAAAUACUUUGAGGAGAAAGUACAUGCUGGUGAAUGGGAUGAGGUUGAGAAAUACCUAUCUGGAUUUACGAAAGUAGAUGACAAUAGAUACUCCAUGAAAAUAUUUUUUGAAAUCAGAAAGCAGAAAUAUCUUGAGGCUCUUGAUCGGCAAGACAAGGCAAAGGCUGUAGAGAUUCUUGUGAGUGAUCUGAAAGUGUUCUCCACAUUUAAUGAAGACCUCUAUAAAGAGAUCACUCAGUUAUUGACAUUAACCAAUUUCAGAGAGAAUGAGCAGCUUUCCAAGUAUGGUGACACCAAGACAGCUCGCAGCAUAAUGUUGAUAGAGCUGAAAAAAUUAAUUGAAGCAAAUCCUCUAUUUCGUGAAAAGCUUGUAUUCCCGACGCUAAAGGCUUCAAGAUUGCGCACUUUGAUAAAUCAAAGUUUGAAUUGGCAACACCAGCUCUGUAAAAACCCAAGGCCAAAUCCCGAUAUAAAGACCUUGUUCACAGAUCAUACAUGCAAUCCUCCAAAUGGAGCUCUUGCUCCCACUGCUGUGAAUCUACCUACUGCUGCUGUUGCAAAGCCUACUGCGUACACAUCACUUGGAGCUCAUGGGCCAUUCCCACCCACUGCGGCUGCUGCAAAUGCUAAUGCAUUAGCAGGUUGGAUGGCAAAUGCUGCUGCUUCUUCAUCUGUUCAAGCCGCAGUGGUGACUGCGUCAUCCUUACCUGUUCCACCAAAUCAAGUUUCAAUCUUGAAGCGUCCCAUUACACCUCCUGCUACACUGGGUAUGGUUGAAUAUCAGAAUGCUGAUCAUGAACAAUUGAUGAAACGUUUGCGACCUGUGCAGUCUGUUGAGGAGGUUACUUAUCCUACAGUUCGCCAACAAGCAUCAUGGUCUCUCGAGGACUUGCCAAGAACUGUAGCAUUCACUCUGCAUCAAGGAUCCAUUGUUACAAGCAUGGAUUUUCAUCCAUCUCAUACUACACUGCUUCUUGUUGGCUCCAACAAUGGUGAAAUAACACUCUGGGAAGUUAGUGGGCGAGAGAAAUUGGUAUCAAAGCCUUUCAAAAUUUGGGAUAUUCAAGCUUGUACAAUGCCAUUUCAGGCUUCUGCUGUCAAGGAUGCACCAUUUUCUGUAAAUCGUGUUGCAUGGAGUCCGGAUGGGACAUUUGUUGGUGCUGCAUUUACUAAACAUUUGAUCCAUUUAUAUGCUUAUACUGGACCACAUGAUUUAAGACAACAUCUGGAGAUUGAUGCCCAUGUUGGAGGUGUUAAUGACUUAGCUUUUGCAUAUCCAAACAAACAGCUAUGUGUAGUAACGUGUGGGGAUGAUAAGUUAAUCAAGGUAUGGGAUUUAACUGGGAGGAAGCUGUUUAACUUCGAGGGACAUGAAGCUCCUGUAUACUCAAUAUGCCCCCAUCAGAAAGAGAAUAUUCAGUUCAUAUUUUCUACUGCUAUUGAUGGGAAAAUCAAAGCCUGGCUCUAUGACAAUAUGGGAUCAAGAGUUGACUAUGAUGCACCUGGCCAUUGGUGCACUAUGCUUUACAGUGCUGAUGGAAGCAGGCUGUUUUCUUGUGGAACUAGUAAAGAAGGAGAUUCUUUUCUUGUGGAAUGGAAUGAAAGUGAAGGAGCCAUUAAGAGAACUUACACUGGUUUUAGGAAGAAAUCAAUUGGAGGUGUUGUGCAGUUUGAUACAACUCAAAAUCACUUUUUAGCUGUGGGUGAAGAUACUCAGAUAAAAUUUUGGGACAUGGACAACGUUAACAUGGUUACAUUUACAGAUGCGGAGGGGGGUCUCCUGCCUCUUCCCCGCUUGAGAUUCAACAAGGAAGGAAAUCUUCUUGCUGUUACUACUGCAGACAAUGGAAUUAAAAUUCUUGCAAAUACUGUGGGUAUGAGGUCUUUAAGGUCAGCAGAAGCCCCACCAUUUGAAGCACUAAGAUCACCCAUUGAAGCAGCUUCUAUGAAGGUUUCUGGAUCUUCUGUUACUGCUCUUACUCCUGUAAAUUGUAAAGUAGAAAGAAGCUCUCCUGUCAGGCCUUCUCCCAUCCUUAAUGGAGUAGAUUCUAUUUCUAGAAACAUGGAAAAGCCAAGAACUAUGGAAGAUGUUGCUGAUAGAACCAAACCCUGGCAGUUAACUGAAAUUGUAGAUCCAGUUCAAUGCCGUAUGGUUUCCAUGCCAGAGAGCUCCGAUGCAAAGGUUGCUCGGCUUCUAUAUACAAAUUCUGGUGUUGGCAUCUUGGCACUUGGAUCAAAUGGUAUUCAAAAACUAUGGAAGUGGUCCCGUAAUGAACAAAACCCAACCGGCAAGGCCACUGCUAAUGUUGUUCCACAACAUUGGCAACCAAACAGUGGUCUUCUUAUGACAAAUGAUGUGUCAGGUGUCAACCUUGAGGAGGCAGUUCCUUGCAUAGCCCUCUCUAAGAAUGACUCUUAUGUCAUGUCAGCUGCUGGUGGAAAGGUUUCAUUGUUUAACAUGAUGACAUUUAAGGUGAUGACAACAUUCAUGCCACCUCCACCUGCUUCAACCUUCUUAGCCUUCCAUCCUCAAGAUAAUAACAUUAUUGCAAUUGGUAUGGAGGACUCGACCAUACAUAUAUACAAUGUUAGGGUAGAUGAGGUGAAAUCCAAACUUAAGGGCCAUCAGAAGCGCAUAACUGGUCUUGCAUUCUCUACUAACCUUAACAUACUGGUUUCAUCUGGUGCUGAUGCCCAGCUUUGUGUAUGGAGCAUUGAUACAUGGGAAAAAAGAAAAUCAGUUCCAAUCCAAUUGCCUGCCGGUAAAGCACCCACCGGUGACACACGAGUGCAGUUCCAUGCUGACCAAGUGCGCUUGCUGGUAGCUCAUGAAACUCAGUUGGCAAUAUAUGAUGCCUCCAAGAUGGAACGUAUACGCCAGUGGAUCCCACAAGAUGCCCUAUCUGCACCCAUCUCAUAUGCUACAUACUCGUGCAAUAGCCAACUAGUUUACGCAUCAUUUAACGACGGUAAUAUUGGAGUGCUUGAUGCUGAUAGCCUAAGGCUGAGAUGCCGAAUUGCUCCAUCGGCUUACCUAUCUCAGACAGGAAGCCAAGCGGUAUAUCCACUGGUGAUUGCAGCGCACCCACAGGAAGCACACCAGUUCGCGGUGGGGUUGACAGAUGGUUCUGUUAAAGUGAUAGAACCAUUGGAAUCUGAAGGGGGAAAGUGGGGAGUAUCUCCUCCUCUUGAUAAUGGGAUGCUAAAUGGCAGGGCAACCUCAUCCUCAGCAGCUAGCAACCAUGUAUCCGAGCAAGUUCAAAGAUGAAAAUGAAAAUACAUUACAUUGUAUUUUGACAGUAACAGUGUUACUCUGUAUUUUAUAGGAGGAAUAGAUUUUAGGUUUUGUUGUUAUCAUCUUCUCCUUUAAUUUUGUCAAGGAUAAAGAUUGGAAAUGUCUUAGAAAGGUUAUUUAAUGUUGUGUGUAACUUUCAUUAUUAAUUUUUACUAUUUCUUCUCUCA